UCACCAUCCCUCGUCCUGCAGAGACCACCAUGAGAGCCUUGAUUGGAGUGCUGUUGGUAGCCUUAGUGGCUGCAGAGCAGAAACGUUCAGCUGACCCUGGAAUUGGCUAUGGGGGACUUGGAGGCCUUGGCCUAGGAGGACUGGGUCAUGGAGGGCUUGGACUUGGUGGUCUUGGCUAUGGCUUAGGCCUGAAUGCUGGAUACGGAGGUGGAUACGGAGGCUAUGGUGGCCUCUUAAGUGCAGGCAACUACGCCAAUGGAUACAGCCACUCCACUGGAUACAACCAUGGAAACAACAUUCUAACUGGAUACGGAGGAUUGGGAGGUUAUGGAGGACUCGGUGGACUUGGAGGACUUGGCCAUGGAGGCCUUGGUCUUGGAGGGCUCGGCUAUGGUAGGUCUUGGUCUUGGUGA